UCAGAGUAAAUACAACGACCUGAUCUUUGUAUUAGAGUCCUUCUCCUGCUGUUGCUGUAACGAUCCCAGCCUAGGGACCUGCAACUUGGUCAGCUUGUUUGGUUACUCUGGGCAUCUCCUGAAAGCUCUUCUGAGUCUCGCUGGAUGCAGCACCUUGGGGAGGGAUGUUUUCUGUGGGUGGUGUAAGAAACGCUGUGCCUGCUGACCUGACACCUGCAGAGCUGUACCUGGCUGCACCCUGACAACACAGUGGCGGUGGGGAGCCCAGCAGCAGGCAGCCCUCGGUCCCUCUGGUGCCCUGGCACCUUCAGGGCAGCUCUGAGAAGGGGUCAGCAGCCCUUCGUGUGGGGCCUCUGGGACCCAUACUUUGUGCCUGAGCAAGGAUCGCAUGGGAGUAGGAAGCAGAAAUCUCCUGGCUUCAGUGUGAACCUGCUGGGGGACAGCGUGGGGAGUAGAAGAUGUCGUGGCACCCGCAGUACCGCAGCUCUAAGUUCCGCCAUGUGUACGGAAAGGCUGCCAGCAAGGAGAAAUGCUACGACUGCGUGCCCAUCACCCACAGUGUCCAUGACAACCACUUCUGUGCUGUGAACCCACACUUCAUCGCGGUGGUGACCGAAUGUGCGGGCGGAGGGGCCUUCCUUGUCAUUCCCAUCCACCAGACAGGAAAGCUUGACCCACAUUAUCCCAGAAUAUGUGGGCACAAAGGGAACGUUCUGGACAUCAAGUGGAACCCGUUCAAUGACUAUGUAAUAGCGUCGUGUUCAGAAGAUGCCACUGUUAAAAUCUGGGACAUCCCCAAGCACCUGCUAACAAAAAACAUCACCACCCCGAAGAAGGAACUUCUUGGCCAUGCUCGAAGGGUUGGCCUCAUUGAAUGGCAUCCCACUGCCAAUAACAUCCUCUUCAGCUCCGGCCAUGACUACAAGAUAAUGAUCUGGAACCUUGAUACCAGGGAAGAUGUCCUGUCAAACCCAGUGAAGAUCCUUGAUGUUCACAAAGAUGUGGUCCUCUCCAUGUCAUUCAACACUGAUGGCAGCCUCCUUGCCACAGCCUGCAGAGAUAAAAAGAUCCGUCUGAUAGACCCUCGUGCAAGAACAGUCCUACAAGAAGCCAGCUACAAGUCUCACAGAGCCAAUAAAGUCUUGUUUCUUGGAAACAUGAAGAAGCUGCUCUCUACUGGAACAUCCCGGUGGAAUAACAGGCAAAUUGCAUUAUGGGAUCAAAAUGACCUUUCUGUGCCUUUACUGGAGGAGGAUCUGGAUGGCUCCUCAGGGCUCCUGUUUCCUUUCUACGACUCAGAUACAAACAUGCUUUAUAUUGUGGGAAAGGGUGAUGGAAAUAUACGGUACUAUGAGAUUAGCCCUGAGAAACCAUACCUGAGCUACCUGAUGGAAUAUCGCUCUCACUUACCACAGAAGGGAAUAGGAAUGAUGCCAAAAAGAGGCCUUGAAGUGUCAGCUUGUGAGAUCUUCCGUUUUUACAAACUGAUUCCAACCAAAAGCCUGAUUGAGCCUGUCUCCAUGAUUGUCCCUCGACGGUCAGAGUCAUACCAGGAAGACAUCUACCCUUUGACCACAGGAAGCCAGCCAGCAAUGACGGCACAAGAGUGGCUGAACGGAGUUAACAAAGGGCCUCUCUUGGUAUCCUUGAGACCAGGUUCUGGACCUGUGAAUUCCUUACCACAGCUUCCUGAGUCAGAGCCACGUGUGAAAAGUCCUGACCUGAACAAGAGUCAGAGAGGAAGAAUGCCACCAGAGGAGAUGGAGAAGAAAAGUGAGAUUAAAGAUAGCAGAAACCAGCUGAAGGAGGAGGAGAGGUUGCCAAAAAAUGAACACAUGCGUCUGUCCAAUGGCUUCGAUGUAUUUGAGUGUCCACCACCAAAAACUGAAAAUGAGCUUCUGCAGAUGUUUUACCGACAACAGGAAGAGAUCCGCAGACUUCGUGUGCUCCUAAAUCACAGAGAUGUCAAAAUUAAACAACUGGAGCUGGAGCUCAGAAACCUCAACAUGGACACAGGCAGGUACUGAACGUGCUGGUCUGUGACUCUUUGCACCCUCAGCUGCUGCAGCAGACUCCAUUUCUUGCAGAAGACUCCUAUUUUAUUUUUUUUUUUUUGCUGGCGGAAAAACUGAUGCUUCAGGCAGCAUGGAUUUCCCUGGCUUGUGGUGGUCACAUUUCCCUAAUCAUCACCAGACAGUUGUUGAUGGACUUGCUGUGCUUCUUCAGUCUCCUGCCAAGUCACUUGUGUCUGAAGCUCAUGCAUUGAAGGUAGUGAGAGACUUUGGAAAAUCUUGCUCUUGUCCUGGUGAAGCCACCUGUUAAGCUCUAGGACCAAAACCUGUUUUGCUGUUCCUCCACGUUACACAAUGGGAGAGUAAAGGCAGCUGCUUGCUUCUUUUCCCCCCUCAGACUCCAAAGUGAUCCUCCUGCCACCUCCUGUCUCACGACUCAGCCCUGCAUUGGGGGGCUAAAUGAUACUGCAGCUUCCCUCACCUGGUGCUGGGGAUAGUCCUGUUCCAUGCAGGAGGUUGCACUGGGGCUGCCAGUGGUCAGCACUUUGGUAGUAGGUGAAAGAGGGCUGCUUUGUUUGUAUCGGAAUCAUACAAAGACUUUGGCAGCUUAUUUCCUUUACAUCGAGUUUACCCGGCUUUCAAAAAUUCUUAAUUCAUUUCUACAUAGCAACAACAGAUGUGGGUGCUAAAAAGUCAAACAUUUUUGUUUGUUUCUGCAUUAUUAAAGAGAGGGAGUAGUUGUAAUGCUUUUCAGGAUUGCAUCAGUCACUUAUUUCAUAGAAUGUUCUGAGCUGGAGGAGUCUGAUAAGGUUCAUCAAUUCCAACUCUUCUUUAACACUACUUUUUGAAAAAAAAUAAUGAUUCCUAUUAUCUUAAGAACAGCCUUGUUGAAUCAAACUUUCAUGUCCUCUGGAAUGGGCUUUCCUGCACCCUGGGCACACUCUGCAGUAUGCAUUUAUUUGCAAAAGCAACACACCACAGAUACACAGCUUUAAACCAAACAUGUGCAUCUUACGCCAGAAGUGGUCAGGUUUUCUCACCAAAGAGAACAACUAGACAAGAGAUCUAAAAGCCCACAGUUCUCCAGCCAUGCCAAGAAAACCUGACAGCUUUCAGGCUUCAAAGCCAUUUUCACAGUGUAGUCCCAGGAAUAUGGUACUUUGGUUUCCAUGGUAUUAUUAUCAGAAGUGCAAGUGCUUGAUAUGACUUUGUCACUCACCGUAUGCAUUUUAUCUGUUGGAUUUUUUUCUUAGUUUUCCUACAAAAUAAAUUAUUUAAAUUAUUUCCUAGUCAUAAUAAUUUUUCCACAGAAUUUGUACUUUCUCUUGAGGUCUGUUUCUUCAUCAUGCUAUGACUGGAUAGCAUAGAAUGUUGUCAGCCACCGUGGUUCCCAUCUUAGGGUUGUGUUGAUUUCAGCAUUUCUAGAAAAAAGAUUCAUUUAGGCUUUGCUGGCAGCCUGUGAUAAGGCAAGACAAUGUAAUCGAAACUGCUCUUUUAGACAGUAUGCCCAUAAAAGUGUACACUGUGAAAUACACUUCAAUUUGGAGCUCAAAAGCAAUCAUAAAUCUUAAAAAAAAUAAAAUAAAAAAGAAAAAAAAGGGAGGAAAUGUAAUUCUGGGCUAAUGAACUGUGCCUAAAUUGACUUCUGUGAUCAUUUAACAGUUUCUAAAACUCCUAACUGCUUUGUAAAAAAAAAAAAAAA